GUCCACAGAGACACAGCUCCCACCCUAGGAUGCUGAGUCCUGACAUUCCAUCGCCACAUACAUCAUUCAUCAGAGGCACAUAGGGUGUUUCGUGCGGCAGCCAUGGCGGCGCCCCUUGCGCAUUUCGAUGAUGAGUGGCACGAUUUUAAGGAAUUUGAGCCGGUUUCAGAGCAGGGGACUCGGGUGGACCGAGUAAACUUGGUUGUCGAGCAUGUGACGGGCGAUCUGAAGGUCCUUCCAGAGCUCAACAACAGCUUUUCUUUCGAAAUAGGCAGCUUCAAGUCCAUGGAAGAUCUGGUGAACGAUUUCGACGACAAAUUGACAGUGUGUUUCCGAAAUUUCAACACCAAAAAUGAGAACAUUGCCCAUGUAAACAUUAGCACCGAGGAUACAACAUUGAGGAACGACGAGUGAGUAUGCGAAGUUAGUUUGUAACAAGACCGUUCUUCCCUUGCAACAUACUAUCACAUUUCAAUGUCUCGCUCUGCAUAAUUGCGUUCCACUCAAACAUGCUGUCACGUGUAUUGAUGGUUGAUGCAAGCUGCGGACACAUUGUAUCAGAUAGGCUUAUAUCAUAUUUACACCUAUUCGAGAAUAUUGCUAUAGGCUAACAGUAAUGCUACAUUAAUUUCACUAGAAGUUUACGUUUAUAAUUAUGCUUUUUCAUGCAUUAUUGUUGCUAUGCACGUACUGUCAGUUGUGCUGAUGACUUGUCAAUAAGCAACGUUAUCAAUGAUCAUGUGACUGCUCCAUCAAGCUAGAUCUCAGAACUCACAUAAUCUCAGUUGACAACAUGUCAGUGCAUUGUGUCCCAAAUAUGCCUAACAAAGACAUCCCACUAAACUCUAGAUUAGAAUGUUGACCCAUAAACCCUUCCCUGGAGUUCAGAAUAAAUAGGACAAUUCACAUUUAUCUCCCCUAAAAUAUGAAAUAUUUGGCUCAUGUCUUGGGUAGAGAUAGUUGAUCCCACUGAUCUGUUUGUGGUUAAUAAAUAGUUAGUAUUAGGCUAUGCUGUUUAUAAAUGAUACAUUAGUUAUUAAUGUCUCACCCUUCCCCUUUUCACUAUACAUAAUACUGUCUUAAAGCAGUGCGGCUGUAGCAUUAUCAACAGUCCAAACAUUGCACAGCUGGCGGAUUAGUCCUCAUUACAUCUUUCUGCAUCCAAUUUGUGUUUUUGAUCGAAAAUGUACAGUAUCAUCUGGGUAAAUCUUUUGUAAGAUGUUUGUGAAAUUUGUGGCAUCUGUCCCUUAGUAACCAAUAUUUGGCUACAUGCACAGUGCAUUGUCAUUAUGACAAAUAUAACCACUGUUGACCAUUAUUAGAAGUUAGCUAUCACUUCUGUACAUGAGCUUUGGUCCUACAGGUGGUGGAGUUCACUUGUAUGUGUCUCUCAUCUCAUUUCCUCCACAGGAUCUGGAAUGCUCUCGCAGAUAAUUAUGGUAAUGUCAUGGCAGUGGACUGGAAACAUUCUCGAACGCGCUCCCUCCAUCUCCCCACUCUAAAACUUGAAGACAAACCAGUGAGUCAAGUUCUUGCUUCAUAGAGGGCUCUUUCUUUGUCCCUUUCCUUUCAUCCCCCCCCCCCCCCCCUCUCUCUCUCUCUCUCUCUCUCUCUCUCUCUCUCUCUCUCUCUCUCCUUCUAUCCCUACCACUCCCCCUCUCCCUACCCCUACCUUCCUGUCCAAUCUGUUUAUCGCCCCCAAUCUAAAAUUCAGAAUCCAUUGUGCCAGGAUUUAGUUUUGAUUAAAUCCCCUCCCCCUGACCUGUCAGAGGGUGGAUGAUGUAACACUGGAACUGUCCGACGACGAGGAGCUGAGGGAACAGAUGGACAUGCACACCAUCAUCGUCUCCUGCUUCAACGACGAACCCCUCUUCACCGCAGAACAGGUAGGGCUACCCACCAAUUUACCAACCUACCAACCCACAGCUCUGCCUGGAAUAGACCAAGACUGA